CAGUUAUUAAGAAGAAGAAUAAGUAGUGAUUGCGCUACAUUUGCGCUAGCACUUCUUAUUAGUUUGUGGUAGUGAUUAAAUAUAAUAGGUAUAUUUUAGUCUUUGUCACAGAGUACUUUUUGAUCUUUGCAUCGAGCCUCGACCAAACAAAGAGAAUAUAAUCACUACGUUUACGACCAAAGAGAAUAUAACCGCUACGUUUAGCUUCGACAGUUGACACAACAUCCCUAUUCUAUUCCCUAUUCGGGAAUAUCAGGAACGUUAUCGAAUCUACAUUUUAUCAAUCUAUGUUCUGUGAUUGCGGCAGGAUCAGGAAGUUUGACGUGUUGUAUAUUGACGUGGCGGUCAGUUUUAUUUUAUCGGCAAGCGGGUUGUUGAACUGAAAUUAGAUUUACGGUAAUUACCACUUUGGUCUAGAAACAACGUUCAACUUUACCACCAAAAUGCUGACGACUCUGUUUGUAGUUUUGGCCAUAUCAGCCGUUUUUGCGGGCGUGCCAAACCCCGAAGAAUCUAAGCGGCUGAUGGAUCAUCUUUCUGACCAAGAACAUUUUAAAAAUGAGCAUCACAAUAAGAAGUUUGACCACGACGCUUUCUUAGGAGAGGAUCAGGCUAAGACUUUUGAUCAGUUGCCGCCUGAGGAGAGCAAGAGAAGACUAGGAAUUAUCGUUGACAAGAUUGAUGCAGACAAUGAUGGAUUUGUGACUCUGGUUGAACUGAAAGACUGGAUCCGUUACACACAGAAGCGGUACAUUGAGGAGGAUGUGGACAGACAUUGGAAGCAACAUAAUCCUGAUAAUGCUGAGCUCCUUCCAUGGGAGACAUACAGAAAGAAUGUUUACGGAUUUAUGGAUGAUAUGAACGAAAAAGAGUUAAACGCCCCUUACAGCGAAGGAUUCACUUACUCUAACCUGUUGAAAAGAGAUCGCAGGAGAUGGCACUAUGCUGAUGGAGACCAAGAUGACGCUCUCAACAGAACUGAAUUUGCAUACUUCUUGCAUCCAGAAGACCAUUCCGGUAUGAGGGAUGUGGUUGUUCUUGAAACAAUGGAGGACAUCGAUAAGGACAAGGAUGGCAAGGUCUCCGUAGAAGAAUACAUCGGAGAUAUGUACAAGCCAGAGGACGACGAAGAUGAAGAGGAGCCUGACUGGGUGAAGCAGGAACGAGAACAGUUCACUGGCUACAGGGACACAAACAAGGACGGCUUCAUGGAUGAGACAGAAGUGAAAGACUGGAUCGCGCCCCCCGACUUCGACCACGCCGAGGCCGAGGCUCGUCACUUGGUGUUCGAGGCCGACGCAGACUCCGAUGAGAAACUGACCAAAGCUGAAAUAAUGAAAAAAUACGACCUUUUCGUUGGCAGUCAGGCUACUGACUUCGGAGAGGCUCUAGUGAGGCACGAUGAAUUUUAAAUAUAAUUAUUUUUAUGAAAAAUAAGUGAAGGUAGAACAACAAUUGUUGAUUUUAUAUGAUCUUUGAUGGUUUUUUGAUAACAAAUCUGAUUAAUUCACAUUUUAAGGUUUAGUACUAUAUGGUAUAGUAUUUUACUUUGUAAGUUCUACAAAUAUUUAUCAUAUUAUUAUAUAGAACGGGCUUACCUCCAUUGAGAUAUAUAAGUUAUAACCGAUAAACGGUUUACACAUCUCUGUUGAGGCUGAUAAAAAAUAUAAUCAUAUUUUUCAUAAUAUAUAAAGAUAUUCCUGUCAUGUUCUAUAACAUACUAUUAUAUAGUGUGAUUGAUAGUACUUACAGUUUUUUACGUAAUUAUUUUAUACGGAUGAUAGUUUAUAACUUUUAAGUGUAGUCAGAACGUAUAAAGCCAGUUGUAAGAAAGCAGAGCUCGAUAUCAGCAUAGUGUGAAUAUGAAUUUUUCAACCGUAAUUAAUUUGGAAAUAUUUAAAUUGAUAAAAAUAAGUUCAUAUAAAAAAAAUCUGAUUUCAUUAUGUAAACUUAAAAAAAGAGUUGUUCUGAAUAUUGAAAUUAAACAUUAGGUUUAUAUCGGCUUGCCAUAUUAGUCUACUAGAAUCUCUUUCUAAGGCAUUUUUAACUGUUUAUUUUUAUAAAUAUAUGUUGUUAAAUAAGUCCAUAGUUUCUAAUGAUACCAAAGCAUUUUCUUUAAUAUAUAAUUAUACAAAAAAUCCUUUUACAUUUUUUUCAAAGGUGGUGAAUUAUGUAUAUUUUUUUCAAUUAAAACGUAAAAACUUAUUUUGGAUAUUUUUAAUAUAAUUAAUGAUGGCAAUACUUAAGAGUGUGAUAUUUUUUUCUUGAUUCUUAUUAAUAUUGGAAGAUACAUUAUAAGGGCUGAAAAGCAUCUAUUUUAAAAUAUAAUGUAUUAUUAUCUCCAUGUUCAUAAACAAUAUGUAUUACUUGCAUUUAACAUAAUAAUUCCAUACUAACUUGUAAGUUAGAUUAUUUGUGUUGGCGAUAACUUUCCAUAUAAUAUAAUCUGUAUUAGGUACUUUAUUUUUAAGCGCUGUGUUCAUGUACCCUGUGAGUACAACUUUUAACAAGUUAGGUAACAAUUAUUAAUAUGCUUAUGUAUUGGAUAGAUUAAUAAAUAAUCUCAAUAUUUUUGUU